AUGAAUCUAUACGGCACGAUCGGUGUCUACGCUGCCGUCCUUAAGGAGCGGGGAGAACCCCUCUACUUCCCCGGGCACGAUUUGGGCGUCUUCGAGUCGACCGACGCGGAUUUGAUAGCCAAGGCCUGCGAAUGGAUCUUGCACGAGCCCAAGGCAAAGAAUCAAAUCUACAACUUGACCAACGGCGAGAGUUCCAGCUUACAGGAAGACUGGCCCUUGGUUGCCCAAGCCCUCGGCAUGCAACCGGGCGGUGACAAGCCGUUCUCCUUCACCAAGGACCUUCCAAGCUUCAGCGAGGAAUGGGAUCGGAUUCGAGAAAACCAUGGUCUCAAGGCUCCUGGAUUGGACGAGUUCCUGGGGCAAAGCUGCCAGUUCACCCAUUUCAUUUUGGCAAAGGCAGAGACUCAAACCAGUUUGAUGAGUUGCAUCAAGAUCCGGAGGGCUGGCUUCUCGGACACGGUCUAUACCGACGACAUGAUUCGCAAAUGGUUCAAGUUGUACCAAGACGAGAAAGUCCUCCCGCCUGUUUGA